UGCUACUGAUUAGGGUGGUAUAUUUUGACAAAUCGACGACUUUGAAAGAAACAUUCACAUAGACGUAGUUCAUAUUUGUUUCCGUUCGAUUCUCUCAAGCAUUCUGCAGUCUAUCCCCCGUCGAAAUAGACCGUCAUGUCGCGAUUAUAACCAAGGCUCUUUCAAGGGGCCGUAUUUCGGGGGCUUCAACAAUUUCUGUUAAUUCUUAAUGAUACUACAACACUGGGGGAUUACGUUGUGCUAAAUUUGAAUAAGAAAACGGAAAUCAUCGUAACACCAAGCAGAAAAUCAGGCAAGUGGUAAUCGGACAGGGUCAUGGUCGUUUGGAAUUCCACCUUCAUUGUUCGCUAGCGUGCGAUUUGCCAGAAACAUAAACGGCUUGAUAUAUCCAUUUCCCGUUUAGGAUAUCUAGUAUGAGGGCUCACUGCUAAAUACUGAUGCAAGCUGUUUCUUCUAACAUCAGUACCCAAUUUAGUUCAUUCAGUAAUUAUAAGAAGAUUAAACUUGAGAGCUUGCCAACACAGCAUCAUGUAGUAUAUGAUUCCAAUCCCUUGCUUAGCUCAACACAACAAACUUAUGUUUUACCACAAAAUGUUAAUGAUUUUUCUGAUUUUAAAGCAUUGGAGGCCAUGCCCCAGUCACUCCUUUCUUCCUCUUCCAUUAAAACACAAGACUCUUACCCACGAUAUGGUGUAAAACGCAAAAGUGAUGCCAUAGAUCCACCCAUGCAGCUUACCGACGCCCACGUAAUAACAAGUGAGGAUGAUAGAAGUGCAGCCAAUACGACGACCAUUGCCACAACAACAGCUACAAAUGCGACGAACACAACAUCAAAAACAAGUUCGUCAAGUAGUGAGGGGGAUUAUCAGCUAGUGCAACAUGAAAAUUUAUAUUCCAUGACCUCCAACUAUGAGGUAUUAGAAUUUCUAGGUCGUGGAACAUUUGGUCAGGUCGUAAAGUGCUGGAAGAAAGGAACCAAUGAAAUCGUUGCUAUUAAAAUUCUUAAAAAUCAUCCCUCGUAUGCAAGACAGGGACAAAUAGAAGUUGGAAUACUCUCGCGAUUAAGUCAAGAAAAUGCAGAUGAUUAUAACUUUGUGCGCGCUUACGAGUGUUUCCAGCACAAGAACCAUACAUGUUUGGUGUUUGAGAUGCUGGAACAGAACUUGUAUGAUUUUCUCAAACAGAAUAAAUUUCAGCCACUUCCGUUGAAAUAUAUCCGUCCUGUCACACAGCAGGUCCUGACAGCGUUGCUCAAAUUAAAGAGCCUAGGAUUGAUACAUGCUGAUCUUAAACCAGAGAAUAUAAUGUUAGUGGAUCCAGUGCGCUUUCCGUAUCGUGUUAAAGUGAUAGAUUUUGGAUCUGCUAGUCAUGUAUCGAAGGCUGUAUGUUCUACCUAUUUACAGUCAAGAUAUUAUAGGGCUCCAGAAAUAUUAUUGGGUUUACCAUUCUGUGAAGCAAUAGAUAUGUGGUCACUAGGCUGUGUGAUAGCGGAAUUAUUUCUAGGUUGGCCGUUAUAUCCAGGAUCGUCAGAAUAUGAUCAGAUACGAUAUAUUUCACAGACUCAAGGUCUGCCAGCUGAGCAUAUGUUAAGUUCAGCUACAAAAACUUCACGAUUUUUUAUGCGAGACAAUACAGAUACCAGUUAUCCUUUCUGGAGGUUGAAGUCACCAGAAGAACAUGAAGCAGAGACAAAAAUCAAAUCAAAAGAAGCCAGAAAAUAUAUUUUUAACUGCCUAGAUGAUAUAGGACAGAUCAAUGUGCCAACAGACCUAGAGGGGAGUGAACUCUUGGCAGAAAAAGUUGACCGACGGGAAUUUAUUGAUCUUUUAAAGAGAAUGUUAACUCUAGACCAAGAAAGAAGAAUUCUGCCUCGAGAAGCACUAAAUCACCAUCUAAUAACAAUGAAACAUCUAAUGGACUAUGCUCAUUGUAACAUAACAAAACAAAGUGUACAGGCCAUGGAAAUCUGUCGCCGACCACGAACUAGUGUAUAUGACAUGAACCAAAAUAGUAGUAGUAUGAUGACAAAUGUUGUUCCUUCUAGUAAUGGCAACUUUACUGUUACCUUUAACAAUCAAAUUAAUGCCCUUCAUACACAGAUGGCCUCCCAAAAUUUACCGAGUAGUGCUCAAAGUGCUGCUGACUUACCUUAUCUACAGUACUCACUCCAGUCGGGAACCUAUUUGUCUUAUCAGCCACCUAGUGUAGCUCAACCUCUUGGCCAAUCAACAAGCCAACGUAACAGUGGUCAGUUUAGUCGCACUGAUCCUUUCCGUCAAUCACUGUGUAUACCUCCAUCUUUGGUUGUACCUGCAGGAUUUUCAGGAUUGAAUUCCCCAAAUAGACCAAGUGCUGUUCCCAUGGUAACUCAAGCAGCGCCAACAUUGCAGAUUCAGCCACAACUAAUUAGUCAGAAUGUCACAACCCAGCAUAUAACACCAGUAACCGUGGUGGAUGGGGCAAGACAACUCUUUAUGACUAAUCCCCCAAUUAAUUCCUGGCCAGCUAGUCGUCAAGUAUUGAUGGGUUCAUGGCCACAAUUACCAGGCAUCAGUACCCAGCGCAGUGUACAACAGGUACUACCUGAUACUCUGACAGCUGGUGAAUCAUGGAGACAAUCUAUUAUGGUAGGGGACACAGCAUUUGACCAACCCUCAGUCUUACCUCUUAAUUCCUCUACACAAGCCUGGAAUAUUGGAAUGGUGCCUUCAAACUAUGGUCUGUCCUCACGACAAUCAGCUCAAACUAGUAGUAAACGACAAACAAAACAAAGAAAUAACAAGGAAGUGACGUCCACACAACUGUCACCUGUAAAGAAACGGGUCAAAGAAAGCACACCACCACAAGUUGACCAUCAGACACGAGAUGAGAUGUUACACAUCUCUGAUUGGUCAGCUUUAAGAUCACAUGUUCCCCCAGAUCAGCGUCAAACUAUUGUGAUACGUGAUUCACCUAGUCCGGCUAAUAGCGUUAUUACAAUUAGUUCUGAUAGUGAAGAUGACGGAGAUGGAAAUCGCAGGCGACAUCAUCGAGUCAGAAGUGGAAGAACAAAUGGGGAACGAUCAACACAUGGAAUGGUUCAUAGCCGUAGUGAUAUUACAUUGUCUCAGUCAGCUACACAGCCUUUCGGCAUCACUCACAAUCCCAGAAACAUAAGUUGUGUUACGGUAACCGAUGGCCACGAUUCUGAUAUAGAAGAAAACAGUUUGGCUUCUAGGAAAAAGAAGAUUGUGUAUACUCCAAUAAAGCAUGAAGAUCUUUCCGUUAGUUCCGAAAGGAACUGUAUCUAUGGAAACCGGAUGGCAUCAUCAAGCCAACAAGUGUCGACGUCCACCGCUUUCGCUCCACCCUAUUUUUCAGACUCCUCCCGUAAGAUGCGGGAGCAAGCCAAAGUAUCCCCUUACAUGGCAAACAUUCCAAAGCAGGAAAACUGGUCACUUGGAGAAGCAUCCAGGGCACGAACACCUAAACAAGAAAUACGAUUUCCUUUGGAGAUUGAGGUUUCAGCCGCCGCAGCUCAGGGUAAACUAGCAUAUGUUUCACCUACAGUUCGAUCCGUGCAAAAUCAUCCGAGCAAUAAGAAUGCUUUUCCGUCUAGCUCUAGUCAUCUAGCCCCAAGCUCCAGUCAACGUUCUCGACCAAAUAACCUCAAUUUUUACCCGCGACAGGCUGGUGUUAAUCAGCUGUCCCCCGUACAAGCUAGUGUACAACUAGGUCAACCCGUUUUACUCAAUCCAGCUUCACAGGUUGAUGUUCAUAGGGAUUAUCGUAGACCACCAACUUUACAAGGAAGUCCAAUCCAUCAUUAUAUUGUUCCAGCCCACCAGCAUCAAAUGGCCAUACCAACAGGUGUCGGACAGUAUGGUCCAUUCUCACAAAAUGUAGCCCCGCCUCCUGCUCACCAGAGUCCGCGACAUGUUCAAUAUACAACCCAUCCUUUACCAGCCCAUAUACAUCCUGUACUUCACACUUCGAGUAUCCCAACCUAUCACUCCCAGGUGCAUCCACAAUAUGCUGGUACCAAUUAUCUUAAUUCUUCAGGAAUUUAUACAGCCUAUCAACUAAGUCCAAUCAAAACACGUCAAUAUCAGUAUUUGGCAGGAUAGAUGAUAGUGGGUCAACUAGAUGAUGGUGAGACAGAGAUUUAUGAUUAUAUAAAGUGCCAGUUUAAUUGUAAAUAUUUCCAAGAAUUGUUUAACUUUAUUAUUAAAUUAUGUGACACUUGUGCUGAAUCAUGUGACACUUAUGCUAUCAGAUUAGCCAAUCAGCUUCCAGUACAUAUUUCUACAAUAUUUUAUAUGGCUUCAAGAAACGAAUUUAAUCUGUCUCCGUAAUUAACAAUAUGAUUGAUUGACAUUUUCGGUUGUGAUAAACUCGACAAACAAAAUGAACUGAAUCAUCUUAGCAUUUUAACUUUCACCUCUAUUUUAACAAGUGAUAAGCAGCUUAUUUAUCUUUGUACUAACAUAAAAAAAAAUAUUUUUCUUGUUGGUGUAUGUUGUUACAUCCACUCCCUACAUUUUAUUAUUAAUCAUUUAUUAUUAUUAUCUCGUAAUUGUAUUUUAAAACUUGGAUUGAGUAAUUAGUUAUUUUAAAUCUUUUUUUGAAGAUCAGUAUGGGAUCAGUAGAUUUUAGCAUGUUUUGUGUGUUUGUUCAUGUGGGUGUGUGUGGUAUUUUUUCUCCUUUUUAUUAUGUUAAUAUUUUGAAAUUUUGGAAUCAGAUUUUUCUAUUUGAUUCCUGUUGUUGUUAGUAUGGUGGCCUUGCUAUGAUGUUACUUAUGCAGUUCUAUUUUAUUCACAUUUUAAAUGGUAUGUAAAUUUGGUGAUGUGUAUUUCUAAAAGGAGUGUGGAGAUAUAGAUAUUAUAGCAUCCUUAUGUAGUAUUUUUAACAUCUUAUCAAAAUAUAUAAGAAAGUAUUAUUCUGUGAUUUGCUAUGUGGAUUCCAAUGUUAAUAAUUUGUUUGUUUUACUAUAUAAUAUUCACUUAUAGUCCUAAGAUGCAUGUUUUUAAAUAAUGGACAGUCACUCGUAUAAAUGUAUAGAUAUAUAUUACCUACCAAUAGUAUAUUGUAUACCCAGAUUUUAUUACCAUAAUUUAAAGGCUAUUUUUCUAGCAUAGAAUUUGAUUAAUUACAUAUAUAGAAUUUUAUAUAUAUGUCUUAAAAAUUUUAAGUACAAGUACGACUUGAAAACCAAAACACAAACAAGUCAUAUUUGUAUUUUUUUGUGUUUUUUGUGUAAAUAUUGGGCCAUACAAAAAAAUAUUCAGUUUCUCAGACUAUUGAGCUAAUUAACACAUGACACAAUUAUAUGGAAUUCUUUGCUUGAUAAGAGGGGUUGGAUGGCUGAAUGGUUAGCACGUGCGCGCUGUUUCGAUUCCCCGGUUGUACGUGACAAGGAGUAGGGUCGCCUGUCCAACCUCGUGGGGUUUUUUUUGGGUCCUCCGGUGUUAUUGAAAUAAAAUUGAACCAUGUGUUAGUCCCGAAAUGACCUAGUUUGUGUCAAGUGGACAUUAAAUCCCAUUUCUCUCUCUCUCGCUUUGCGGGCGAACCCUCAUGGAAACGUCGCUGAAAAUAAACCCUUCAAGUAACUUGUAUUCCAUAUAAUUGUGUCAUGUGUUAUUCUCAUUCAGUUACUAAAUGCCCCUUAAAUAAUUUAUUGAGCUAAUUGACAUCUUACAAACAACACAUUUCAAGGUUCUACAUUUAUCUCAUCUGUUUAGUAUUUCACUUAUAUAAUUACUAUUCUUGCGUUAAAUAGACCUUGUUUACCGUAAGCAGUAACUAAUUGUUAUCUCAUUUUACAAACGUAUACAUAGAUUUCAUGCUUUGCUAUCUCCUGAUAACGAUGAGUUUACAAUUAUUCAAUGCAAUUUUUGAUUCUCAACAUUUCAACAAGAAAUGUUUAAUGGGGUUACUUCCCUUUUAUUCAGGACAUGAAUGUGCAAUAAUUUAUAAGAAUGUUUUUAUUUAUGGGGAGGUAUCUGAGAAACAGAAUAUUUUUUCAUAUGGCCUUACGCAUAUAUAUAGAGAGGAUAUAUUUUACUGCCAUGAUUAUGUAUUUCUAAUAUACAAGACAAAUUGGUGCACUAAUUAUUAAAGAAAUUGUAUGUAAAAAAUAGUAUUUUUUUGUCUAGUUUCCAAAAUUUUUAUUGUAUGUAUUUAUAGAGACUUUGAAUGUAAAUGUAGAUAUUAAUUAGUCGAUUUAAAUAUAUAUAUAUAUUGUAAAUUGUACAUUUUUAACUAAUAAUUCUUGGUAAUCAUUUAUUCAAGUCAUUCAGAAUGGUCAGAGAAAGAUUUGAAUGUCAUAAUUGUUAGGUUUAGCCUCAAUUUACAUAGCAGUUGCAUAGUAAAAUACCUCUUUUAUGUGAGCUUUUAAUGCUACAUAAUAUAACAGCAAAUUUAACUGUAUCAGAAAUUCGGAACCUAUGUCUGCAACAACAAAAAAUGUAGCAUUUUAGAUAUAUUUCUUGAAGGGAGUAGUGUGUGUACAAAAAUAGCUUUAUGUGAUUGGCUUGUUGAUAUGCGAAUACAAAACAAGGGAAGACUUUAGGUAGAUCACUCCCAUCAUUAAAAUGGCUUGUAAACUGAAAGGUCAAGCUGGGUGUAUAGUUAGUGUAGGAAAGAUGUAUUCUGAAUGCUAUUGAUUAAAGAGAUGUGAAUCACACCUAUCUGUAUUGUAAUGUUUGAGAGUUUUUAUGCAGUAAUGUACCAGCAUGUUACGACUUGUGAUAUUAAACCACAAUGAUUAGCAAGUAUUAAACCAAAGCCUACUAUGUAACACUGUUUUAUAAACCUAGAAUAACUUUGUCUCUUUUUAGUUCAUAGAAUGUAUGUAGUUUAUAGUACUUGCAUACUAAUUUCAUUUCUUUAGUUGUUUUUUAAAAACAUUAGAAAUUAGGUAUUUUUGCAUUAUUAGCAUUAAAUGUUUAUUUAAAAGACAUUUUUACCAACUACUUGGGCUUUAUUUUAUCUGUGAAGAAAUUGAAACAUUAAUUAUUUUCUCAAAUCGGCAUAGAGAGGAUGUAUUAUAUAGCAUGUGUAUUUGUUUUGGUGUGUAUUUGGAUUAGUAAUCACUAUUUAUUCAACUUGUAGCUUCUAAUUACUUAAAAUUGAUUCUUAAUUUAGCAUGUUUUUGAUUACUGACUGUUGUUAGAGGGUAUAUUUAGUCCAUAUUAAUAUUGUAAUUAUUGUCUUUUAUCAUUUAUUAUUAUAUAGAUGCUUCAUAAUCAAAUAGUACAUGUACUUAAUUGUGUGUUUUAAGCCCCCUUAAUACUCCUUUCCCUUUUUUUUUUCUUUUUUGCAGAUUUAUUUUUUUUUUUUUUUUUUCUCUCUUUUUUUUUUGCAUUUUUUGGAAGAGGUCUCAUAUUUAUAUCAUUCUAGAAAUUAAAUUACUUGAUGGUUAAUUAAUUUAAAGAUUGUAUAGUAUCUAUUUUUUGGUGUGUAUAAAUUGAAUUUGUUGAUAAAUUGUGAAAACAAGUAUUUUGUAAUAAUUCUAUGAAUUAACUGGAUGUAAAAUUGUGUCACUUUGUUUGCUACCGGUAGUUUGAAUUACAUAAAUUAUAGAAUUUAUCACUUUAAUUUUUCAUCAUCAUAGCUCAUUUUUCAAGACUGGUUCAAUUUGUCACAAACUUUACAUUUUAUUUAAUUAAUAUUUAACACUUUAGAAGUUUGGAUUUCAAUAUGAUUGUCAAUAAUAGAUGGCUUGGCUGUUGGAAUCAAUUCACAUCCCUGUUUGAUUUUAGUAGAAUUCUGGAAUUAACUAAAUAACUGAGUAAAUUAUGUCAUAGCCAACAGUUAACCUUUCAACAAAACAGUAUCUUGAUUUUUAUUUGUACCCUUUAUGAAAUUUUAUUCAAGUAAAGUGUUGCCAAUUUUUAAAGUGGAAGUGACACUUCUGAUAUGUAUCAAUCGGCACAUAUAUUUGAAAUUACUUUCAUCAAUCGCACAGCAGAAUUCCAAAAUCAGAAUUAUCCUCUUAUAUGUUUUUAACAAUUACAAGAUAUUGUCUGUUUUCAUAUAUUGAUUAAUUUAUUAAACAGUAAAACUUUGACCUAAGUAUAUUAAGAUUAUCAUUAAUUGUGCAAAAACUAUUUUUACAGAUAUAUGUUCAUUUGUGCUCGUUGUCUUCCAUGUGACGAAGUUGGUUGCGGUCGUGUUUUUCUCUUGAAAAAUUUUUAAAAAAAUAUAUAAAAAUCUGUGUCCUCAAAAUCAAUAUUAAGUUUUAGGGAAAAAUUAUUUGGUGAUAUAAAUGUGCAGUUGAAGAUGGUUCACUUUUAAGAAUUUAUCUAAGAAUUGUUUCAACAUUAUUUAAAUAAUUUGAAAACAAAACCUUGAUGGAUUAGACUGCAUUGAAAAGCCUUUAUUUGAAUAAUAUAAAUAUACCUGAUCGCAUCAUCUCAUUUGAAGAACUUAAAGAUUGAUUUAAUGAGGUUCCACAAUUAUAAAAAAAUAUAUACAUGUUGUCUUUCCAAAUACUUUCUGAUCAUCAGAAAUUCCUGCCAAUUUGCUAUAACCAGUAGAUCAUUAGUUUAAGUUACUUAGAUGUUUGACUUUGUUUUCCACAUCACACAUCACAUUGCUGUGUUACAUUUUAACAAUAGCACCCUGUUGCUAUUUUUUCUUUGGUUUUAAUCCCUUUUCUUUUCGUUACUAGUCAGUGUAGUUUUAGAAGUGUGGAUAUAUAUUUGAUGUAUUAUUUGAUGUAUCCAACAACAUUUUUUUUAGCUAAUUAAUAUUUAAUUAUUUAUACUGGUACAUGGUUACAGUAAAAACAUGAUCAACACCUCAUUUCUUACCAACAUUUACUGGCAGCUAGUUUUCUCUUCUAGUCUAAAAUAGAACAUUCUAACAUAUUGAUCUUUAAAUGUUAUAAAUAUAUUUCAUUUUAUAUUUCCACUUAGAAGUUAAUGGUGUCAGAACAUUCAGAAAAAUAUUUAUGGCCAAAAUUGAUCUUGAAUGAAAGUGGAAUAUGUAUAUGGUCAAAUAUAAAUAAGCUGGAUGCUAUCUAGAAUUAAUCUAGUUGUGGUUUUUAAUGGUAUUUGAUUCAUUUAACGAAUACAGGUAGAUGAAAUUCAGACAUUUUUGUUACCUGAAAACAACGGAAAAUAACCAUUUAAUAUUUGUCUAGUAUUCUGAUUUCUUAUUCUUUGUCCAAUAUUACGAGAAUCAAAACUAAAAGAUAUUUUCAAUCAAAAAACAAAUCAUUUUAUAAAAGUUCAUGUAAAUUAAAAGGUCUUUUUGGCUUUGUGUAAGGUUUGAAAUAUGGUUGUUGAUCGGUUUGUUAGUUUUCAGGUGUGUGAUGCCUUAUACAUAUUAAUGUAGGUACCACUUAUUGCAUUUUAUUUUGUGUAAACUUCAUAGCCAGCAUUAUAUCAUUUUAUUCACUUAGUUAAUAUAAUCACAUAGUCAUUUUCGUAAAUUCUUUUAGCCAAAUAUAGUUUUCAUUAAUCAUUAUUUAUGCUCUUAUUACUUCAUGUCUUAGAUUUCAUUAUUUUAAUUCAAUUCAAUUAUUUUGUCAGUUUUAGUUUGUUCUAGAAUAUUUAAUUCAAAAAAGUUUAUGUAGUACUUAGGAGUUACAAAUUAGCCAGCAUUUGUUUUAGAAAAUUAGAAAUUUAAUUUUAAAUAAUCUCACAGUAUUUUUACAAUCUUGUCAAUGAAAUUUUAUCUUUUGAUUUGUAAUUUGCCCUUACUAAGAAUUAACUUUUUACUGAUUUUCAUUUCCUUUCUUUAUUGGUGUUAAAUCAAUGACAACAAUAUCUUCUCAUAUUCCACGGGUUCACUGUAUAUUUUAACUACUGUGCUAGUUUUCAUAUCAAAGUAAAUGUAUUUGUAUUGGAUAUAACUAUAUUUUAUUAAAUGUGUUUGCAAUAAUCAAUGUUAAAUGUACUUUCUCUUUUAGCUUAGCACUGAUUGGAAUUUGACUUUUUAAUUAUUAACAAACCUCUUACAAUUAAAAUUAUUAACUCAUUAUAUUUUGUGUGAUGUUAUCUGCUUCAAGAUUUUUCUGUUUGUGCAUUUUGUGCGCGGUUAAUAGUAUGUAUACCUAUCAUGCUAUAAUAAUAAUAAUUAUUAUAAUACAUGGCUUUCUUUGAACUUAUUAUGGGGAUAAAUAUAUAUAUAUAUAUAUAUAUAUAUAUAUAUAUAUAUAUAUAGGGAUAAAAAUAAAGUAUUCU